GCCACCAAGAUGGCGGCCCUUGGGAUUGACGUGGAAGAUGAAAGUAUUCUGGCUUCUAUCUUCAGGGAUUCUUUCCCGGAGAACUGGAGGGAGAACCCGGACUUCACGAUGUAUUUGUCCGAGCUCAGCUCGUACGGAGUGGACAAGCUGAACCGCGAGCCCGAGCGGCUGGCGGAGGAGCGGGCCCAGAUCCUGCAGCAGACCCAAGAACUGGCCUUCUGCAAUUACAAAACGUUCAUCAAAACGGCGGAGUGCACCAAGGAAAUCUACCGCGACUUCGGGCUGGUGGAGAAGCACGUCUCCGCCGUGCUGGACAAGCUGCCUGGGCUGAGCGAGAAAUGCAAGCAGUUCAUCAAGGAGACAGAGGAGACCGGCGCCAGCAGAAGGAUGAACAGCCUGACCCUGAACCGUCACACCGAGAUCCUCGAAAUCCUGGAGAUCCCGCAACUCAUGGAUACCUGCGUUAGGAACUGCUACUACGAGGAGGCUCUUGAGUUAGCCUCUUACGUAAAGAGAUUGGAGAAGAAGUACUCUUCUAUACCCGUCAUACAGGGAAUAGUGAAUGAAGUACGUUCCUCUGCACAGCUGAUGUUAAACCAGCUCAUCCAGCAGUUACGCACCAAUAUCCAACUUCCUGCUUGUCUCCGGGUCAUAGGCUAUUUGAGGAGAAUGGAUGUUUUCACUGAAGCAGAAUUAAGAAUAAAGUUUCUUCAAGCACGUGAUGCCUGGUUGAAAUCCAUACUUGGCUCCAUAUCAGAUAGUGAUCCUUAUUUCCAUAUAACAAAGACAGUUGAAGCUUGCCGAGUUCAUCUGUUUGACAUCAUCACUCAGUAUCGUGCUAUUUUCUCAGAUGAAGAUCCAUUGCUACUGUCCAACAAUCACACUGUGAAUGAAAGUGCCAUUUUCCAUGGAUGGGUGGUGCAAAAGGUUUCCGAGUUUCUGGGAACCCUGGAACUGGACCUUCAGAAGGGAGUUGGUAGCCGUUUAGAUUCAUUGCUAGGCCAGUGUAUGUAUUUUGGACUUUCUUUUAGUCGUGUUGGAGCAGAUUUUCGUGGACAGCUUGCCCCUAUGUUUCAGAAAGUUGCUAUGAAUACUUUUGCGAAAGCUGUUCAAGAGGCUGUGGAGAAGUUUCAAGAAGACAUGAAUUUGUAUACCUUAAUUUCUCCCCCAUCGAUGUUGGGGAGUACCAUCCCUAUAACUCUGCCAACUGAACAGCCAGGAACUCUGCAACCUCCAAUGGUGCUUCUAGACUUCCCUCCAUUGGCAUGUUUUCUAAAUAACAAUUUGGCAGCUUUUAAUGACCUUCGUCUCUGCUGUCCCGUGGCACUUGCACAGGAAGUAGCUAUGUGCUUGGAAGAUGGUCUUGUGAAGGUUACAAAGCUAAUUCUUGCUUUUCACCGAGCAGAGGAAACUGCCUUCAGUGUGAAAGAACAGGAACUGUUUGUCCAGUUCUGUGUUACAUUCACCGAAGAUCUGGUCCCCUACUUGAACAGAUGUUUACAAGUGCUUUUUCCACCAGCACAACUAGCACAGAUUCUUGGUGUUCCUCCCACUCAGGUUCAUAAAUAUGGCUCCAUUGGUUCCAUUAAUAAAGGUGUUAUUCUAGAGCUGCUUGAUUUUAUCCUCCCCAAAAAAGAAAUCAUAAUUCCACCCAAGAACGGUCUUGAUGAGGAACUAGAACAGAUCCUGACAGUAGAAUCCACCUUGCACAGCCCUGGAUUAGAACCAAAAAGUGAGAUACUGAGUGAACAAUAUUCUCCAGUGUUAUCUUCUGCUGUGCUGAGUGGUGGAACAGAGCAAGUAAAGCCAGGCAUGCCUGAUGUUGUUGGCCAGCGAGCAGAAGUGCAGCAGAGGUCCACUGAGUUGAAGAGGAGCAUGGGAGACUUGAGGUCAUUGUACAUGCUGAGUGAUGGUGGUGACCAACUGAGAUACUCCCACUCCUGCAAGAUGAAUCCAUGUCCAGGAGCUGGAAAAACACAUGCUGAGACCCAUCAAUCUUCCUGCAGAACACUAGGAAGCUACAAUCUUCUGAUAUCAGUUCGUCCUGGAGUUUUGAGAAGUUCAGCAGGUCUUGGCUAGGCCAUCGGCUUUGAGUGGCAUAACUGGGGCAAUUAGGGAAUAACUCUAAAGAGCGUAACAGCAGUUGUCAGUGUAUGACUUUGAUGUUGGAAAAUGCAAACAA